AUGCCUAGCCAUCGUGUGGGCGAUUCGGAAAAUGAGGCCGUACCUGGAGGGGUACGCGUUUACGGUGAUAACGGACCACUUAUCUCUAAAGUGGUUAAACGCGAACGUGAUAAAGAAAACCCGACAGAGAGAACGAACCGUAGCGUAAAACGGAUCAUAGCACAAUUAACAGGCGAGCAACAACGGAACUGGGACGACCUGCUACCCGAAAUUAUGCUAGCACUGAAUACUAGCGUAUGCGAUUCCACCGGCUACAGCCCGGCAUUCCUAACACAAGGACGCGAGCCGAGACUCCCAAGGGCAGUCUACGAUAAGACCACGUUCGGCACGGGGCAGAACUCAACGACGCCGAACGAGAAGGCCGCAACACUAAAGGAAGUAUUCAGUCUAGUGCGCCAAAACCAACAGCGGGCAUCAGCGGAACAAGCACGGCACUAUAACCUACGGAGGAGGCAAUGGAGACCAACUAUAGGCGAUCUGGUGCUACUUAGAGAGCACCCACAAUCUACGGCAGUAGAAAACUUUGCGGCAAAGUUGGCCCGAAAUAUAGCGGGCCGUACAUGGUAA